CGAUCGGAGUGGAUGGAGGCCGGUGAGGGUCCGGAGGCGCGGGACGCUGACGUGUCGCUGGAAAACUGCUACGAGCUGCUGACGGAGGCAAAGAGCGCGGGCGCAGAGGGCGCGAGGGAGCGGCUGUACCGAUACAUGAGCGACCACUACCUGCAGGUGCUGCGGACCCCCGGGCUGUACGGCCGCCUCACCGCGGGGGAGCGCGAGCUCAUCCUGGCCCGCAGGAUGGAGGGGACCCCGGUACUGGCGGUGGCCGAGAGCAGCGAGGCGCCGGAGCGCGGGGGCAGCCGGGAGAGCCCGCUGCCGCCCGCCCCGGAGGAGCCCGGACCGCGGCGGGUGCUGGUCCUGGACCUGGAGCGGCGGCGGUGGGAGGUCCUGAGCAGCCUGCCGGAGGAGGUCCCGGUCAGAGGUUCCGGGAUGUGCACCAUGUACAACUACCUGUUUGUGGCGGGGGGCAUGCGGGCGCACGCGGACGGCCGCUCCGCGCCGUCGGACUUGGUGUUCUGCUUCAACCCGCGCACCGGGCUGUGGAGCCGGGUCCGGUCUCUGAGCCAGCCGCGCUGCCAGCUCACCCUGGUCUGCAUGGACGGACACCUGUACGCCAUCGGGGGGGAGUGUCUGUUCACCGUGGAGCGCUACGACCCGCGCGCGGACCGGUGGAGCCCGGUGGCCCCGCUGCCCAAAGGCUCCUUCGCGGUGGCGCACGAGGCCACGUCGUGCGGCGGGGAGUUGUUCGUGUCCGGCGGCUCGCUCUUCUACCGGCUGCUGCGGUACGACUCCCGCCGGGACGAGUGGGAGGAGUGUCCGUUCAACGAGAGCCGCCGCCGCUCCACCGACAUGGUGGCGCACCGCAGCCUCGUUUACCGCUUCGAUGUGGACCGGGAGCGCGCGGCGGUCAAUGUGUACAAGUACAACACGGUGGUGAAGGCGUGGCACGGCGGCGCGUCUUUUCCGCUCCGCGACCCGCUGCCGUUCCGCUGCGCGGUGCUCGGGGACCGGAUCUACUGCGUCAACCGGAACCAGACUCUGCAGUUUGAGGUGCGCGAGGACCGAGAGGGCUUCCUGCCGGAGGAGCUGCCCGCCCCCCCGGACAGCAGAGGAGCCCCGGUCCCCUUCGUGCUCUGUCUGACCCGGGACAAGCGGUCUGACCCGGGACAAGCGGUCUGACCCGGGACAGAUCCAGGACUGGGAUCUCAUCAGCUGUGCCUUUUUCUUUGAGUUUUUGGGGAAUCGAUGAAACCAAACAUUUUCACUUGUUGCUGCAUGAAAAUCUGAUUUCUGAGAUUAAAGCUGUUGCUGGUUAACCCUUUAAAACCUGCAGCUUCGUCACUUCUCUGCUGCUAUUAAGACGCCUUUCACAAAUAUUUAACCCUUUGAACUCCGAGCACAUUCGUUUGUCUUUCACAAAGAUGGAAAAAAGGCAACUUGAAAACAAAUGUUCCACAAAUUGCAAAAGUAGAAGAUAUUGCCCCCAAAUUAGCAAGAACCUGGUAGAUUUUGAUAGGGAAAACCAUAUUUCUAAUCAUCUUAAUUACAUAUUUGAUUUUUUUUUUUUUUUUUGCAUUUUUAUAAUUUUUUAGCACUCUUUCCAAAUUGUU